AUGACCGACAGUGUCACCAUCCAGCUCCUCCCCGUCUCUCUCGCCCUCGUUCAUCUUCCCCGCUCUCGCCUCGAUUCCCUCACGCAGCACAUCCUUCGCCAGAUUCUCAGACCGACCCCUACGUUCCUCAAUGUCACUUGCAACGAAAUCGAGCUCAGCCUCUUCGCAGAGCACCAUGCCCUCGAGGAUUUCCGGCAUAUAGCCAGGAAAGAUUCACGCAAACUCAGGUUGAGGAGGAACACGGACGACAGCGCACAUCCGCACUCGACAGAGCCCCGCGCCAGUAGGCGUCCUAAGCGUUCGAAAGCGAAUUGGGAACCUGUCGAGGUGUCCUCGGAUAGAUGGAGUGUCCUUCAAAUUGACUCACAUUCGGACGAGAUCGGCCAAAACUCUGGUACGCGGGUACUGGAACUGUCCACACCCCUAGCUGCGGCGGGCAUAUCCAUUCUUUACCAGUCCUCGUAUACGAGCGACUACAUAUUUGUAAAAUCGGCCAAGCUGUCGCAGGUCAUGUCCCUGUUGGGCUCGGCCGGCUUUGAUCUCUACUCUUCCGACCCAAACAAUCUGACUGCGCAACUCUCCACCUUCGCGUCCCCCCUUCUCUCCCCUGCCGCAGAUGAUGGCUCUUCGAUCCACCUGCUCGAUCUCAACUCGCUGUCCACAUCUUCUAAUCAGCGUGUAGACCCCGAGGGGGGUGCUGUUUUCACUCGAUCCCGAAGCAGCACAGAUGCGACCAGCAGUUCCUCGGGCAGCCGCGGAGCUUCGAUUCCACCCCUCUCAGAGAUGUCCAACCCCCUGGACUUUGCACCCGAUGUGCACCCAGCAUCAGCUGAUGCGGCAGGAGAUGACCUCAAGACGCCCGCUCCUCCGUCGAAGCCUGCCAUGAGCCGUUCGCAUUCGCAUUCACCAUCUGGCUGUAGUGUGAGCGUGUUGGCGCCAGAUCUUACAUAUGUUGGUCUGAGGGACGAGAGUGCAGAAACGUGGGGCCUCAAGAUCGUGAAGCUCGUCGCGUUUCCGGACAUGAUCAUCGGGAAUAACAGCAAGCCGUCAGAAAGCCGCAACUGUUCGCGCUCAUCGUCUGUCUUGCGCUCCCCAUCAUUACCAGUGAAUUCCAGUCUAGAUUCUCCGAUAGAACAUUCUCUCGAUCUUGUAACUUCCAGCGAUGGCAGUGGGAGUGCAAGCGACAGCGAUAAUACAACACGCGUUGGGCCAGAUUCUCCGAAAAAGGAUUCGUUUUACGAAAACGGCGACUCAUCCCUGUUUGACUAUCAAAACCCUAGGCCAUGGGACCUCGAUGUUGAUGUAGACACCGACUCAAGCAGUGAGGGCAGCUACUUCUCCGCCAGUCCACUCAGAAACUCGGCCGAGUUAUUGCAGAACCAGCUAGAGAGCGUAUCAGAAUCUGAGUCUAGAUUGUGCAGACCCUCUCUCGCGCACCAUGAUACUGAAGAGACGGUUUCUGACAGUCACCACCGUGCGCGCUCUGUGUCCGCCUCGUCCUCGACAUCGUCCACUGCCGGAACGUCUUAUCCGCCGCUGGUUCCGUUCUUCUCCUUCACCCGCACGUCGGAGGGAUCUUCAUUAACUGCGCCGGUCUCGCUCCUCGCCGCAUUGUUCCCACCAAAUGAGCGGGACAUGGUUAUUUGUAGUGACGAGCUCGAUAUUCUAGACUCGCGUGAGGGGUCGCCGGAUGCAGAUUUAGCAGACGAAGAGCGCGAGUUGGAGGAAGUUGAUGGUGAGCGAGAAGCACAGGGGACGUUGCGCUGCUUGCAGAUCGAUCUGCGAAAGUUUGGCCUUGAUAAACAUGGUCUUGUGAAUCGGUUUUCGCGGACGUUGGAAGAAAACGGGAUCAACCAUAUGUACAACUCGACGUUCAAGACGGCGAAUCUCCUUGUCGAUAAAGCGCAUGCGACCCGUGCGCAGGCGUUACUGCGGUCGUGUUGA